GCGUGCCAGUCACCUGUUGAUCAGGACAAAUGACGAUUUUAUCCUUCCAGACGGCUGUCCUCCAGGAGGUUCAAAGUGCCUGAAGGAAAGCUGUAGGCUUCGCCACCCCACAGCUGGCUCUCCGCUGCGAUCCAGCUGAAAGUCACUGUUCUCUUGGCUGUGCUUUGGGCAGGGCUUAUUACUCAUCGCUCCUGUUUAAAAAGGAAACUGCGCGUCUGGGGCUGUCUGCGUGACUUGGGAAAGAACGAGGCAGCCGACGCACAAAGUAACUUAAUUCAACCGUUUCUAGCUCUUCUUCUGCGGCUCACUCUUCCAAGCUGGGAUCUCCUCCUGACGGAUUGUGCGUCGGUGGCUUUCUCGGGACUUGCCAGCGAGACUGCGGGGAGAGCGAGAGAGACACCCCCACCCUGGCUAGGCUGGACUGAACUUUGGGACCUGUCCACCAGCUUGCAGUGUGAACCCAGCCCUCGAGAGCAGCAAUGACAGGCGUGUGCGGCUGCUGCGGCGCUCUGCGGCCCCGUUACAAGAGACUAGUUGACAAUAUCUUUCCAGAGGAUCCAGAGGAUGGGCUGGUAAAAACCAAUAUGGAGAAACUGACCUUCUAUGCGUUGUCUGCACCGGAGAAGCUGGACCGCAUCGGCGCGUACCUUUCGGAGAGACUGAUCAGAGAUGUGGGCAGGCACCGAUAUGGGUACGUGUGCAUUGCCAUGGAAGCCUUGGACCAGCUGCUGAUGGCCUGUCACUGCCAGAGCAUCAACCUCUUUGUGGAGAGCUUCCUGAAGAUGGUGGCGAAGCUGCUGGAGUCCGAGAAACCCAACCUGCAGAUCCUGGGUACAAAUUCUUUUGUGAAGUUUGCGAACAUUGAAGAGGACACCCCAUCCUACCACAGGAGCUAUGACUUCUUUGUGUCACGCUUCAGCGAGAUGUGCCAUUCCAGUCACGACGACCUGGAGAUCCGGACAAAGAUCCGGACGUCCGGCAUCAAAGGCCUGCAGGGGGUGGUGAGGAAGACGGUUAACGAUGAACUCCAAGCUAACAUCUGGGACCCGCAGCAUAUGGACAAAAUCGUGCCUUCGCUGCUCUUCAACCUGCAGCAUGCCGAGGAGGCUGAAAGCCGCUCUCCAUCGCCCCUGCAAGCAACAGAAAAAGAGAAAGAGAGUCCCACUGAACUGGCAGAAAGGUGCCUGCGGGAGUUACUGGGGAGAGCAGCUUAUGGUAACAUUAAGAACGCCGUCAAGCCUGUUCUCAUCCAUCUAGACAACCACUCGCUCUGGGAGCCAAAGACAUUUGCUAUUCGCUGCUUUAAGAUCAUCAUGUACUCCAUUCAGCCGCAGCAUUCCCACCUCGUGAUCCAGCAGCUCCUGGGACACCUGGAUGCCAACAGCAAGAGCGCGGCCACCGUGCGGGCUGGGAUCGUGGAGGUCCUGUCGGAGGCAGCUGUCAUCGCGGCCUCCGGAUCCGUGGGCCCGACAGUGCUGGAAGUAUUUAACACCCUGCUGAGGCAGCUCCGGCUGAGCAUCGACUAUGAGCUGACGGGCAGCUAUGACGGGGCCGUCGUCAAUACCAAGAUCAAGGAGCACGAAGAGCGGAUGUUCCAAGAGGCCGUCAUCAAGACCACAGGUUCCUUUGCCAGCACCCUCCCCACCUACCAGAAGUCGGAGGUCAUGCUCUUUAUCAUGAGCAAGGUCCCGCUGCCUUCUCUGCACCACGCGAUCGAGGCCGGGAAAGCUGGGGAGAAUCGGAAUCGCCUGACUCAGAUAAUGCUGCUGAAAUCCCUCCUUCAGGUCUCCACGGGCUUCCAGUGCAGCAACAUGCUCACGGCCCUGCCCAGCUCCUUCCUGGACCGGCUGCUCUCCGCCGCCUUGAUGGAAGACGCCGACCUGCGUCUCUUUGUCCUCGAGAUCCUGAUCAGCUUCAUUGACCGCCAUGGAAACCGGCCCAAGUUUUCAACCAUCAGCAUCAUCAAUGACAUCUCGGUCCUGAAGCUGAAAGUGGACAAGUGUUCGCGUCAAGAUACCGUCUUCAUGAAGAAGCACUCCCAACAGCUGUACAGGCACAUCUACCUGACGAGCAAGGAGGAGAGCAACGUGCAGCCUCACUACGAGGCGCUCUACAGCAUGCUGGCGCUCAUUAGCAUCGAGCUGGCCAACGAGGAGGUGGUGGUGGACCUCAUCCGCCUGGUGCUGGCAGUGCAGGAGAUCGCGCAGAUCAACGAGGAUAACCUGCCCGUGUACAACCGCUGUGCCCUCUACGCCCUCGGCGCCGCCUACCUGAACCUGAUCAGCCAGCUCACCACGGUGCCCGCCUUCUGCCAGCACAUUCAUGAGGUCCUCGAGGCGAGGCAGAAGGAUGCGCCGUAUCUCCUCCCCGAGGACGUGUUUGUAGAGGCACCCCGGCUGACCAAGGGCCUAGAUCACUUAGUGCCCGAGGUCUUCUUCCGGCAGAGCAAGAUCAGCGAGGUGCUGGGAGGCAGCGGCUACAAUUCAGACCGGCUCAGCACGCCCUACAUCCCGCAGCUGACAGACGAGGAUCGUCUGUCCAAGAGGAAGAGCAUCGGGGAGACCAUUUCUCUUCAGGUCGAGGUGGAAUCGAGGAACAGUCCCGAGAAAGAGGAGAGAGCCCCGGCUGAAGAGAUCACGUACGAGACCCUGAAGAAAGCAAUUGUAGACAGCGUCGCUGUGGAGGAGCAGGAGCGGGAGAGGAGGCGGCAGGUGGUGGAGAAGUUCCAGAAAGCUCCCUUCGAAGAGAUCGCGGCUCACUGCGGCGCCCGGGCCUCGCUGCUGCAAAGCAAGCUGAACCAGAUCUUUGAGAUCACUAUCCGGCCGCCCCCGAGCCCGUCGGGUACCAUCACGGCUGCGUAUGGCCAGCCCCAGAGCCACUCCAUCCCGGUGUAUGAGAUGAAGUUCCCAGAUCUCUGCGUAUACUGAGACCCGACGCGCAUGCCGAGAGAGGGCCAAGUCCUGAUGCGGGUGGAGCCAGAGGAGGAAGAUGCCUUCUGCAUGUAUACAAAUGAGUCUCUUGAAGAAAUCUGUAACCCUUGAGGAAAGCGCCUUUUGGAGGACUUGCCGGCUUCCCUCUUCCAGAGCCAUGUGGCACCUCGUGAUCCUCCAGCCAUUUACAGAAUUCACAUGUGUGUUUCUUUGCCACCUUAUUUCUUCUCAGCUCGUUUCACCUCUAGGGUUGAUGAUGCGUGCGACUGAAGAAUCUUCAUGAAAGAGUUUCAGAGCCAGGACUCCAGCAGGGAGAAGUUGGGGAAGGUGCAGGCAUAGCUAGGGCUUGGUUUAGCUUCCCUUUUUAUUACCAGGUUAGAGGGUUUAGGGGUUUUUUUGGGGGGGGGAGGGAAGGGGGAUGUUAGAUCUUACCCCAGAGAAUUCAUUUGGCCUCUUGAUGGCCCACUACAUCAAGCAAGUCUGUGGCAGCGACAGAUAUCACUCAUGGUUCUCUGCCUGUGGCCAGUUGAAGAGAGUUCUUUCGUAACAGGGUACUGCUCUCCAAACUUGAGGUCUUCUAGAUUUCAAAGCCAGAAGGGACCAAUAGGGCCAUUUUGCCUGACUUCAUGACAUAGGCCUCUAGGACUAAGGGGACUUGGACAUAGGACCCAAACUUGUUGCAGAAGGUGAAUUCUGGUUGCCUUAAGACAGUGCGAAGCCGCCCCAGAGGCAGGCCGACCCAGAUGUUAGUCAUCACAGCUGGAUACCUAUUAAAGCAUUAUUGUUGUGCUGCAGGGUCCUAUA